GUUCGGCGUUGUUAUUUCCCUAUUGAACUCAGGGGGUGCGCUAUGCCUGAUUGGGACUAGCGUGAUUCUCCCCGAACUGUGCAAAACGAGUUGGCCCAAAGAGGCAGGCUCGACCUUCAAAAGCUUCGUCGACUUCUCCGCAAAUCUCCACCACUUUCGCCUCCACGAUCAUACCUCUGCGUCGCGUCGAACCAUGGCCCUCUCUCUUCCUCUCCGACGGGCUCUGCCCCAGUUGCCUCCUCUCGGCUUUCUCUCUACCGCCGCUUUCUCCCUGCCCAUUUCCAUCACGAUCCCUCCGCUGCUCGCCGACCUCUGGGAGUCUGUGCUGCGCGCCGUUCCCAAGAAGAAGACCUCGCACAUGAAGAAGCGUCAUCGCCAAAUGGCCGGCAAAGCCCUGAAGGAUGUACAGAAUCUCAACAAGUGCCCCGGCUGCGGCCAAGUCAAGCGGGCUCAUGUGUUGUGUCCUCACUGCGUGAAAGAUAUCAAGCAGUCCUGGAAGUCGGCGCAAGCCGCAUGAGUUGCGACCGAACGUUAAAGAAGAGAGCGCCUUCUCACAUCCUCAUCAAGAGACCGGUUAGAGUGGCCUUGGUGGAGAAGACACGAAGCGCAUUGUGUAUUACUAGGAAUUGGUUGUGGAUAUAUCUGCUGCAUGGCAUCUGGCGUCUGGUUACGUGGGAAAAAAAAGCGUGAAUUCGCUAUGUUCAAUAUAUUGGUCGUAAUGGCCCAUUUGAAAAAUCUAUUUCUGUUC